AUGGGGUACCCAGCCCCUUGGAGUUACCCGUGGGUGGGCGUUGGCAGUCCUCUCUGGUUAGGGCAUCCCCCUCCAGCUGCCCCAGCACCUUCAGUCUGGCCCUGGGGCUUCUCCAGCUUUGAUCCUCAUGUGGGAAGCCAGCACCUGGCCACCAUGGCCCCCAGGGGAUUUCCUUGCCCCUGGGGACCCCCACCCCCAUGCUCCUCAGUCCCUCUGGCUCUGAGCAGGGACGCCUCUGGCUACUCUCCCCAGGUGGGAUGGCAGGCUCCUGCCAGCUCAGCCUUCCCAGCUGCCGUGGGGAGACCAUCCAGAGGAGCUCCUCACUUGAAGAGGUGCCAAGCCCCUCCCUCAGAAUGGGCUUCCAGGUUCAGCAUUUGGGCCCCUGCACCACCCUCCAGCCCAGAACUCUGCCCCCUGCCCCCUUCCCCCAGUACAGACUCUCCACCUGAGCCCUGCUGUCCCCACUGCCCUCGGCCACCCUGCAGGGCCUGCUGCCAUCUCCUGCAGUGCUACUCAAUCAACUCCUCUGUCACCUGCCCCAACAGUGGGAGAUGUGUUGCAUGA